CUUUGUUUCAGGGAUAAGUAAAAAUGACCCAUUAUAUACAUUAAAGAUAAAUUUGCUCACAAAGUUAGGAAUAAUAGGUUCUGGCAUGUUCAGCUUGUACUGUGGAGAUCAGCCUGUUGAUAGCAAGCUACUGGCCUUCCUUAGGAUAUUUAACAUGAAUGAAGAACAACUAAAGCAGAUCUCUGAAGAAGGAUGCCUGGAGAAGCUUGGAGAUCUGGAGUCAGAUGUGUCCCAGGAGUUAGAACAGAAAGUAUGGAGUUUUCUGGAAACAAGAUGUUCUCUGUUGCUGAGGUCUUAUCAAAACUUUGAGGAUAAUGGCAAGAUUUCAGAUGGUGACACUCUGUCAGAUAAUGCAAGACUUUGCCUGCAGUUGAGAAUAUGUGAAAAGUCCAUACUUCAGAGAACUUUAGAAUUUGCCAAAUCGAAGAAGGAGAAAUAUAAUAUUAAUGGAUCGGCAUAAUCCUGAACCUUGUUAUCUUCUAAUUCACCAAUCUGUACUUAGAUUGGAACAGGUUCUGUGUGCCUUGUGUGGAAAACUUUUCCAUGUGGAAAAUGUUUUUGCCAAAUGUGAUUUUAAUUCCUAGAAAUGACAUAAUUAUGAGGAAAUAAAUAAAAUUAGUUUUCUUUUUUCA